GUAGUAGUUUACAAUCUUUGCGCAUUAGUGUUGUUAGUGAGUAUUACGCGAGUUGUGUGACAAAGUAAGAGUGAGCAGUGAGUUGUAGCAACUUUGGUUUUCAGUGUUUUUGUUUACGUAAGUUUUGUUUUCCCCGCAUCGCCUACGGAGGAGUGUAAUUUCACGUAAUGCCUGCAGUGUUUUGGAACAUGCUUUCCUGUGUUUUGGAGGGUUAACAGUUCAUCGUCCUUCGGAUCCACGCCUUUUAAAACAUGGCGGAGGUGUCGCCGCCUCCAUCUUCGGCGCCCACCACAGCCAACAUCGUCAAGGAGGGGUGGCUCUUCAAGAGGGGAGAGCACAUCAAGAACUGGCGGUCGCGCUACUUCGUGCUGCUGGACGACGGCUCGCUGGUGGGCUUCAAGAACAAGCCGGAGCACGCGCUCUCCGACCCGCUCAACAACUUCACCGUCAAGGGCUGCCAGAUCAUGUCGGUGGACCGGCCCAAGCCCUACACCUUCAUCAUCCGCGGCCUCCAGUGGACCACCGUCAUCGAGCGCACCUUCCACGUCGAGUCCGACAAGGAGAGGGAAGAAUGGGUUGCUGCAAUCCGUUAUGUAGCGGACCGCCUUGCGGGAUCGGAGGAUGUGGACAUGCCUACAUCUGACCUGGAUAGGAGUGCGUCCUUCGGUGACAGCUUUGACAAUGGCUCGUCUGCAGCUCUUAAUGAACUCGGUGCCAAGUUUUCUGUACAAGGCACCUCGAAUAGCAAAUCUUCCGGAAAGAAGAAAGUGACACUAGAGAAUUUUGAGUUCCUUAAAGUCCUUGGAAAGGGGACAUUUGGCAAAGUAAUUUUAUGCCGAGAAAAGGCUACUGCACACCUUUAUGCAAUAAAGAUUCUGAAGAAGGAGGUUAUCAUCCAAAAGGAUGAAGUGGCCCAUACUCUGACGGAGAACAGAGUACUGCGGACCACAAGCCAUCCAUUUCUCAUUUCGCUGAAGUAUUCAUUUCAGACAGCUGACCGGUUGUGUUUUGUUAUGGAGUAUGUGAAUGGUGGAGAACUCUUCUUCCAUUUAUCGAGAGAGAGAAUAUUUAGUGAAGAACGGACACGCUUCUAUGGGGCAGAGAUCAUCUCGGCACUUGGAUACCUGCAUGAAGAGGGCAUCAUCUACAGGGAUCUUAAGUUGGAGAACCUCUUGCUCGACAAAGAUGGUCAUAUAAAGAUAGCCGACUUUGGUCUGUGCAAAGAAGACAUCACAUAUGGCCGGACCACAAAGACUUUCUGCGGAACACCAGAAUACCUAGCUCCAGAAGUCCUCGAGGACAACGACUACGGGCGUGCUGUCGACUGGUGGGGCAUCGGCGUGGUCAUGUACGAGAUGAUGUGCGGUCGGCUGCCUUUCUACAAUCGUGACCACGAUGUGCUCUUCACCCUGAUUCUGAUGGAGGAUGUACGCUUCCCACGGAGCAUCUCCAAUGAUGCCCGUGACCUCCUAAGUGGGUUGCUCGUUAAGGAUCCCACCAAGCGGCUCGGUGGAGGGCCGGAGGAUGCCAAGGAGAUCAUGGCUCACCCGUUCUUUCGUUCCAUAAACUGGAAUGACCUUGUGCAGAAGAAGAUCAAGCCACCUUUCAAGCCACAAGUGACAUCCGAUACAGACACCCGGUAUUUCGAGUCGGAGUUCACUGGUGAGAGUGUGGAGCUGACGCCACCCGAACAUUCGGACAGCGCCCUGAACAGCAUCGCGGAAGAGCUGGAGCAGACGGGGCCGUACUUCUCGCAGUUCAGCUACCAGGACCUGACUGGCAGUAGUAUGCUCAGUUCUACGGCCGGCACUUCGAUCGUCUCCUCCUCCUCGGCGGCGGCCAGCAUGCAGUAGUGUGCUGCGGUCACCGACCUCGCCCUUCCGAGAGGAACUCCACCUUUCCGGGGCUCGAUUUGAAAGGACCCUGUGCCACUGUUCCCAUUUUGAACCGAUGCACGCAGUUUCCCGGGGACCGAGAGACGGCUCGAUAUAUUGUGCACUUACCCGGUAUGGGAGUGAUGGAUCGGGAUAGUGGUGGGCUGUAAUGGGUGAUGCGACGAAGACAGAGCCUCUGAGGUUGUUUCGACACCCGUAGGAUACCGGUGUAGCUGCCCGGAACCGGGCCUUAGGCAGAUUCUAGGAAUCCCUGCUCUGGAGAUUUUUUUGACUAAAAUUGACAAUAGGGGUAGGAAAAGGAGUCUGCUUGUGCAAUACCUAUGUUGCCCUAUUCUGGAAGCAAAUGGAGCCUGAUCGCUGAUACGGCUGCAAAUAAUUAGACUGUGACCAGUGUGUGGUCUGUCAUUGCAUGAUCAUGGGUGGUGUGUGUGUGUGUGUGUGUGUGUGUGUGUGUGUGUGUGUAAGUAGUAUAUAACAUACAUUAAGAGGGAUUCUGUUGAUUUCAGCUGGUAAGAACAUUUUAUAUUUCAAGCGUGGUCAUUUCAUGCAUAUUGUGCAGACUGUACAUUUCUCUUUCUUUUAAAUUAUCACUGUAAGUUUAAUGUCCAUCAAACCAGAAACAAAUUUCUGGCCUCUGUGCAAUGGUGAAAUUUGGUACCUCUGUUAGUACUUCAAUAUUGUUAGUGCAGGGUGAGCAAAGCUCUUCGGGCUUAAUUUUCAUGUUUCUUUCCUUUUUAUUUACAAGUGCAUAUUCACCAGUUUUAUUGCACUGUUAACAAGCAAUACAGGGACAUACUUUGUGGGCAACUGCACUGGGGCUCCCUUUGUAUCUCCUAGUUCUCUCCUUGUGAAAGAACUGAAACCAGUUUGGUAGUUUGUUUAACGACAUACUGUGGUUUGGAAGAAUGAAGUACUUGGAGACAUUGUAGUUAGCAUUCCAUUUUGUUAGUUUCCAUGAGUAGCUUUAGAACACACCACAAAAUAAGUCAUUAUGUGAAUACAUGCUGGAGCAUCGUAUGUUGACUGCCACGUGUUUUUGCAAAAUGAGCCAUAAAUACCUAUUAGAUUUUGGUCUUAGAUUUCAAAGGUAGGUACAAAGGGAUACACCAGUUUGCGUGAGUGUGCCUGUAGGUAAUUAAGUCUAAGCCUUCCUGAAUGGAUAUGAAAUGACUGUCAGUUUUUUCAUACUGCAAGGGGAUCAUGUUAAAUCUUGUGUUAUACAGUUAAGAAUAAAUUCUGGAUAACAGUAACUAGAAAGUAAGAUUUUACACACUGAACCGGAGAAGUCACUAUUAUUAGUAGUAAAACAGUUAUCUUUGUAUACAAAUGAACUUAAAGAUUUAUAAUUAAUGUGUGAAAUACAUUAAUUAGAAGUAAUCUUAAGAGUACUAUAGAUGGAUGUGACAACCACUAUUUUAUUGGCACUAUUGUAGUACAUACAAAAGGCAGCCAAUGUGAUUACACCCAGAAUUAUCUUCUACUGUUGAAUAUUGUACAUUUCUGACAAAAUCCAGAGUGAAGGAAGUGGUUAUGGGUGAGUGUUGUUAUGUGCUAUAAAUAUGUUUAAAUACUAUUUGGAUGUGUUGGCAGAGAUCAAACCUUGACAAUGAUACUUCCAUUUGCUGUGAUGGUAGCUCAUUAACACAUCCAGCUCCUCCUUUUAAAGAGCUGUUUGUUAUUGUUGUACAGAUGUUGAUUAUACCAUUCAGUUCUGUGCCAUGUUGUAAGAAGCAGAUUUAUGUUAUCACCCAUACCAAUUGUGUGCUAAAUGAUCUGGUAGUAGUUCUCUCUGCUGGUGGAAGUAUUAUUGAAACUUAAAUUUUCUUGCCUAUUAAUAGUAUAUACUGUCUUUGAGAAUAUUUAAAGGAUGACAGUAACAUUUAGGCAAAUUUAGAGACCCCUUUUUAAAUGGUGCCAGUGCCGUACCUGAAUCGUUUGGCUAGAAACAUGAUGUAGCAAAGAGUGAUUAGUUUUGUCUUAUUAGCACUACAAAUGCAAGCUUCGUAACAGUGCUGAACAGUUACAACUGGUGCUCUAUAACUCCCUUCACUGGAUAUGGAAAUCUAAUUUUUCAAAUAUGAAAAAAAAAUAUCAAUGUUCUCAAGCUUCCAGCCAUGUCAAGUCGAUGUAUAACCAUUUGCUGUGGCUUGACGAGACUACGCAUUUGUACCUUAAUCUGUAGCAUUCAAUAAAUUAUGGUGUGAAGUACAUUAGAAAUUAACAGGUAGCUUUUUCAAAGACUAGUUUCUUGUCGCAUCUUGCCAUCUCUGCUUAAACAGGCUGUGCAACUUUCUGGUACUAGUUUGAGUGGAAAAAAGGAAUUUCAAUAAAAGGAGAGCCUUAACAUUCAAUCAGAGAAACAAUAAGAACAAAAAAUAAGCAACAUACUUCUAAUACAAUGAAGCCAGCCCUCUCUGUCUCGAUCAUUUCUUCAUACUUUUUUGUGCCCAGAUGGCAAAUGUUGCCUUUAUUUUCUUCUUAUUGCUUCUUUGACUGAAUUUUAAAGUUCUCAUUUUACUGAAAUUUCCUUUUUUCCAUUGACUAUAGGUUUGCAGUGAACUAGUAGUGGUGAAUUGUUAGCAUGAAGCUUAUGUCUCUUUAUUGAUCAUCUUACCUUGUGCAAACUUUAUUUUGUGUGUGAGAAAUGUAAGAGCAGAUGGCAAAAUAUUUUUUGCUUCAUUUGGUGUCUUUUUUCAGGCAUUUGUUAAUUUCUGUUCCUGCUGUUUCAUUGUGCAAUGUGUUUACAUCAUAAGCUAGAAUGGAUAGUAAUGUUAAGACAUGAAUUUUGUUACCCGAGUGCUGAGUUAGGGUUUUGUUGAAAUUCUAACAGGGACACGCUAAAGCUCUAGAAAUGUUCGUUUUUGUAUGUAAAGUGGGAGCUUGAGAGAGCAUCUUGAUACAGAAUGUCAUGAUUAUGGCCAUAUCCAUUAAGUUUCAUAGGUAAUUGCUUUAUGGAGUAAUAAAUAUAAAGACGUUACUCAUGUUUAUCAUCCUCAUUGAUGAAACUGGUUCAAGCACUGUAAUUAUUGUGACGAUGUGCAGUAUGACUGCUUCACAGUUGGUGAUCUUUGAUGAUACAAUUAAGAAAAAUGAUUGUCAACUUGCCUUAGCUGUGUUAUUUCUUCUCAUGCAAAAGGUGGUAGUGUGCACACUGUGAAAAUGUAUUUAUAGGAAGCAAUAUAAUAAGUAACUAAAAUUCUGUUUUCUUUUAAGCCUUGGGAGAUUAUGUGCACAGGAUCAAAUAUUAUAAAGAAUUAAAUCCAGUGAAUUAUUAGGAGAACCAGGCAUCUUGUACAGAUUGUACUUUUUUUUUGUUCAAGUGAUAGCCUUGCAACUGAUGAAACUGACAGCAGUGUAUAAGAUUAGAAAACAUUUCUUGACUAUAAGCAAGAUAAAACCAUAGAAUGGGUUAUCUGUGCGCCCCCUCCCCCCACUGGUAUUGAUUAGUUUUACAACCAGAAACCAUGUAUUUAUUAAAAUACAAAUUCUGCAUUUAAGGAAAGGCAAUAAUGCUACACUAUUAUCAUUAUUUGUCACAAGUUUUAUUUAUUUAUUCUGGUAUAACAUUUGUUGUGAAAUCUAUUGUUUUCUUUUAGCCUUCAAUAGGAAAAUAAUGAACUGUUUUAUUGCAAGAAAUGAUGAUAGUUUGAAAUGCUGUAAGUUCUGCUUGUAGACUAUUUGGGUGAUUCCUCUUAGUUAUUCUGAAAGAAUGUAUAAAUAAAGUUUUUUUUUCUUCCUGA